UUCACGGGAGCAGCUGGACCUGCAGGAAAAACCAGAUGAGAGAUAGCAAAAACCCACUAACUGUUACUGCCGUUUAUUGAGCACCUACUGGGUGCCCACAAUCGUCCUAAGAUCGGUUGGCCAAUCGCAAGCCAGAAGAUGAAGGUUCUGUGGGUUGCCGUGGCGGUCGCGCUUCUGGCAGGAUGCCAGGCGGAUAUGGAGGGAGAGCUGGGGCCCGAGGAGCCCCUGACUCCGCAGCAGCCCCGGGGGAAGGACAGCCAGCCUUGGGAGCAGGCGCUGGGCCGCUUCUGGGAUUACCUGCGCUGGGUGCAGACCCUGUCUGACCAGGUGCAGGAGGAGCUGCUCAACACCGAGGUCAUUCAGGAACUGACGGCGCUGAUGGAGGAGACCAUGAAGGAGGUGAAGGCUUACAAGGAGGAGCUAGAGGGACAGCUAGGUCCCAUGGCCCAGGAGACACAGGCCCGCGUGUCCAAGGAGCUGCAGGCAGCCCAGGCCCGGCUAGGCUCUGACAUGGAGGACUUGCGGAACCGCCUGGCACAGUACCGAAGCGAGGUGCAGGCCAUGCUGGGCCAGUCCACCGAGGAGCUGCGGGCACGCAUGGCCUCCCACCUGCGCAAGCUGCGCAAGCGGCUGCUCCGCGACGCUGACGACCUGAAGAAGCGCCUGGCCAUCUACCAAGCUGGGGCCAGUGAGGGCGCCGAGCGCAGCUUGAGCGCCAUCCGCGAGCGCCUCGGGCCCCUGGUGGAGCAGGGCCAAUCGCGGGCAGCCACCCUGAGCACCCUGGCUGGCCAGCCGCUGAUGGAGCGCGCCGAGGCUUGGCGCCAGAAGCUGCACGGGCGCCUGGAGGAGGUGGGCGUCCGGGCCCAGGACCGCCUGGACAAGAUACGCCAGCAGCUAGAGGAGGUGCACGCCAAGGUUGAGGAGCAGGGCAGCCAGAUGCGCCUGCAGGCCGAGGCGUUCCAGGCCCGCCUCAGGAGCUGGUUCGAGCCCCUGGUGGAAGACAUGCAGCGCCAGUGGGCCGGGCUGGUGGAGAAGGUGCAGUUGGCUCUGCGCCCCAGCCCCACCUCUCCGCCCAGUGAGAAUCAUUGAGCUCCGGGGCAUCGCCCUGGGGGGCCCCCUACUCCCACCCUGAGCCUCUGGUGCCCCCAGCCUGCAGGAGGCCCUGCCGCUGCCCCAGCUGUCCUCCUGGUGGGCCCUAGCUUAAUAAAGAUUUAUCAAGCUUCAUGGCA